UCUAAGCUUCGCGCAGUUCGCAAUUGCAUCUCGGAUCUCGAAAGUUGAAACCCAAUUCCAAGUUGCCAUUGCACCAAAACAAAGCAACGACAGCCCGACUAUGCGAUUCUUACAAUCAUUCGUUACGCCCUUGCUCCUGGCUGCUGGCGCGGCUCAGGCAGCUUCGUCGUGGGGGUUUGACGAUGCCAAGCUCACAGUGAGCGGAAAGAAACCUGGUGGCAGCAAAGAGAAGGAUGUUCGAGAAUUCGACGGCAAAUCUCCUUUCCUCUCGAAACCCGUGAACUUCGACACGUCCGACACAUUCAAGCUUAAGCUUAAGACGCAAGAGAAUGGCAAGGGCAAGCGUGCGCACCAGGCAUUCAUCGUCUUCCGCGAACCUACCUCCGGCCUCGAGGCCCCGUUUCCCCUGACCGUGAAAGAUAGCGGAAAGGCGACUGUUGAGAUUAAGCAGAGCGAUCUCCCAACCCAACUCGCCACCUCAAACACGCCUCUCAAAGCCUCCCUCGUGAUCGCCUCAUUCGGCUCGUCCCCAGGCUUCCAGAAGGACAUCUUCGACGUGCAGCUAACCCGGGACCCGAUCGCCGCGCCCGUCUCGUACGAGAAGCCUCUCCGCUACGGCAAGCAGCACGAGAUCCACCACAUCUUCAAAGCCGACGCCAAGAGUCCCCCGAUGGGAAAAGGUGUAGAUAAAACGAGAAGAUAACGAAACGAAAGAAAAGAAAUGUAUAACAGGCUACUUGAAACGGCGUAUUGUGUUUUGACCGUUCUGCUUG